AUCCAGCCUCGUAUAUAAGCAAGACGAAAAACCCUAAGUCGCGCUUCUUAAAAAUCAGGGAGCGAAACUGAGAGAGAGAGAGAGAGAGAGAGAGGAGAGGCCCGCUGAGAUCGUCGCCAUGGUCGCUCUCAAGUUUCAUCAAUACCAGGUCGUGGGUAGGGCUCUCCCUAAGGACGCCGAGGACACACCGAAGAUCUACCGCAUGAAGCUUUGGCACACCAAUGAGGUUCGCGCCAAAUCUAAGUUUUGGUAUUUCUUGAAGAAGCUGAAGAAGGUUAAGAAGAGCAAUGGCCAAAUUCUUGCCAUCAAUGAGAUUUUUGAGAAGAAGCCAACUGUUGUUGAGAACUAUGGUAUCUGGUUGAGGUAUCAAAGCAGGACAGGAUAUCACAACAUGUACAAGGAGUACCGUGACACCACUCUGAAUGGAGCUGUGGAUCAGAUGUACACUGAGAUGGCUUCUCGCCACAGGGUCAGGUUUCCUUGUAUCCAGAUUAUCAAGACUGCCACUGUCCCAGCCAAGCUUUGCAAGAGGGAAAGUACCAAGCAAUUCCACAACUCCAAGAUCAAGUUUCCAUUGAUUUCUAGGAAGGUCAGGCCACCAACCAGGAAGUUGAAGACCACAUACAAGGCAUCAAGGCCCAACUUGUUUGUCUAAUCAUGGCUCAUUUUAUAAACAAGAAAGAGGGAUUAGGUUUGGAUUUGUUUCUGAAUCUUUCCGGUAGAGAACUGAUCUCUGAGUUACUUUCUUUUGAUCACUUUAUUUUAUCAGACUAUGGUAGAGUCAGAAUGCCUCCGUUUUUGUUCCAUUUUCAAAGUUUUCUAUUAAAUCUGCUUGUUCCUCUA